CCUUGCUGUGUGCUGAUUAGCUGUGGUUGUUGUCUUAUCCGCCAGUGGCAUGGUUGCCCCUGAAGACUUCGCCUUUGUGCUCUUCUCCAUAAUCUACAUGUACUUCUUAUCAAAGAUGGCUUUCCCAUCUCUUCUCCCAUCAAAGGAGGAACCUUUAGUUUUCAACCCAAAAAACAAGGUCCUUGCCCUCUAUGUGUUUGUAGGGGCCAUCAUUGGACUUUAUGCCCCAAUAGCUUAUAUUUUAGAGGGAAUAUUUGAGGGUGACAAAGAAGGGAUCAAAGCAGCUGCACCCCAUGUUUUUCUCUUGUCCAGCCAAGUCUUCAUGGAAGGUGUGGCAUUCUCUGGCAGGUUCUCAACUCCAAUGAGAGCUUUUGUGCCUGUCUUUUACAACUCAAGGAGGAUUUUCACCAUUGUGGAUUGGCUUAGGAGUGAGAUCAACAAGGUUAAUGAAGUGCACAGUGGGUCUGAUAGGAGGAUCUUUGUUGGGAGGGUACUUGCUGUGGCUAACAUGGCCUUCUGGUGUUUCAAUUUGUUUGGAUUUCUGUUGCCUGUUUAUCUUCCAAAAGUUUUUAGGUUGUAUUACGCUGGUCACAAAGACUGAUCAAGGACAAGGAAGGUUGUUAAAUGUUUUGAUAGAGUAUCAUGUAGUUUUCUUUUGGUGUGUAAUGUCUUGAACCAUAAUUUACUGUUGGUUAUUGUAUGAUAUUUUCAUAGUAACUGUAUUUGCUUGUGUAGAUAUAUACCCUCUCUUGUGUGGCA